GAGAGCGGGAGAGAGAGAGAGCAAGGGGGGGGGGGAGAUGGGAUUCAAAACUCAGAGCAGAAACGAGACAUACAGUACUGCCAGUGAAAGUCUGGAAGAAAACAGAAACAACCGCAAAGACCUAGAAAAACAAAGAUACAGCUAAAAGAAAAAAUUAAUUUGAAGGAAACCAUUUUUAAGAAUCCAAAAGAAAAGGGUGUAAUGCGAUGUUUGGAAAAAAGUAAUUGAAACGUAAUCUGAUGGUGAAUAUUCUCAUGAACUUUUGUACUGCCUACGUUUGAUUAUUCUAUCACUACUUUUUCUAUAACGUUUCCACUGAAACUGUUUUCCUGGAGUAAAAAUAAGUAAUUAGCUCAAAUCAGCUGAAGAUAUUAAGCAAGUAUUUCAUAGCACACAGGCAUUCAAGUUUGCUGAGGUAAAAAAGUGACAUUCAAGAAAAAAGUGCCAUGGAAGAUGAGGAAAACUACACCAGUCUACAGGAGUUCACUGAGGACAUUUCUUCUGGAGGAAACAAGCCAAUUCUCUACAAAACAGAGGAGAGACAAGGCGUCCGGGGGAUGGACUGCAUGAGGAGACAGCCCGUCCUUCUUCUCAGCGCCCUGUUGGUUUCCAUCAGCGCCAACAUCGCUCUCGGUGUUCUCCUGUAUAAUGGCUCCAGCAGCAGCUGUUCACAGGUUGUAGCGGGCAAUACCAAGCCCAGUCUUCACAGGUAUGACACGCUGCAGAGUCACUACUCCCUGCUCUGCCAGGACUACAAUGAACUGGCAAAGAAAUGCACGCAACAUGGGGCCAAAGUGAGACAGUGCAAGCCGUGUCCGGACUCAUGGCUGCAGUCUGAGGGAAGGUGUUACUAUUUCAGCCCUGACAAGCAGGAAUGGCAAGAAAGCAAAAAAAGCUGUGAGGCCAUGGGCAGCCAUCUUGCCAUCCUACACAGCCACACGCAGCACGAAGCUAUGGAGAAAGAGGCACGGAGAAUCGGCGGAUUUGACUACCACUUCUGGAUCGGCCUGUCAGACACGGAGACACAGAGGGUGUGGAAAUGGGUAGACAACACGAUGGUCAAUAAGACAUACUGGGAUGAGUGGGACUCCGAGCCUGAUAAUAACCCUUCUGCCGGUAUCCCUGGUCAAGACUGCGCCGUCCUGAACUCACGUUCCAGAUCGUGGUUUGACGUGCCGUGCAGUUUAGUCUACAACCACAUCUGCGAGAUGGAGGCCCUGGAGACCAACUGAAUGGAUUUAACUGGAUUUUACAACAGUAACCAUGAGUUUAUGAAUAAACGUGAUCAACAGAAAAAACAAAGGAUGCUAGUGCCCAAUGUCCAAAUUUCAUUUAAAGAUCUGAUACACAUUGAUACACAGUGAUGAGAGAUAGGUUGGAUAGAUACAUGAAAAGUUCCAGGACAGUUAAGAAUAUUCAGUAUUUUCCAUGUUUUCGUAUGGUGACACAAUGCUAAAUUAAUCAGAAGACAUGUGACUUUUCCAAAUUAGAGGGGAAAAAAGUAAAUGGGACAAUUUGCUGAUAAAUAAUAAAAUUCUCAUUUUAAAUUCUAAAAUGAAUAAACUUUUUAAAUAAAUAAUCCAGUUAUUCAUUUCCACCUUAGGGAAGCUGGACUACAGUACCAUUUAGUGCCUUGUAUGACCUUGAAACGCAUUCCAAAUGUUCACAGAUCAAUCAAUCAAAUUAACCAGAAAGUCAGGAGAAUUAAUUUGUGUCAUUAUUCCAGAAGUUGGUGCUCAAUAAAUGUGUAAUUUCAUGAGUAUUGACUAAUGGAAUUAUAGACAACUUUUAUUCAUAGGAUGGUGUUUUAAUAUAGGCAAAAUAAUGACCCUACAUUAAAGCUAUUGGCCCUGGAAAGGAAUUCCUUGUGUCCCCAGAAUUAAAAAGUGUGGCUGUGUUCUGACAUGUCUAUCCACAUCCACAAAUAUAUUCCGGUUAAUCUUUUUUUUUUUUACAUGCCUCUCUUAAUCCCCCUAUUCGUUUCCCCACUCCCCUUUCAUAAGUUACCAUUCUUAAUCUUCAUCCUUCCCUUUCACUUCCGCAUCUGUAAUUGAAUUUUUUUAAAACGCUUUUCUUUGUAUGCUGCAGUUUGGUUGCGAGGUCCUGGAUGGCUGACAACUUUAUAUUAUGCAGAAGAGACAGAGUACAGAUGGCUAACUGUUGCAACAUAAAAUCCUCUCUCUUCCUUUUUCACACUGUUUAAUCCCUCGCUCUCACUUCCUCUUUCUUUAUCUGUUCCAGCCCUCAAGUGAAAGGAUUCUACAGGAGCUGAGAGGCUGACUGACUGGGAGAUGGAGGUCCGUGUUCCUGUCAACACAAUGUCAUCAUAUACUGUAUAUAAUUGCAUAGUGUAUUGGUAUUUUUUAUAAUGUGCAUUUUGGUCCAGUUAACCGGUUGAAAUUGCCAAGUUGUCAACAUUAAGUAGAGUUGGAGGUGUAUGUAAUAAAUGUGUUAAUAUAUAUUGUAUAUAUAUUGUAAUUCUUACUGUUGUUCUUUAAUGUCUGGAACCAAAUAAAUACUGAUUCUUUCAAAACCAUA